AUGGCAAGAGACUUACGAACAGAAAGAAUUCAACAGGAGAGAAAACAGUGGAGAAAAGACCAUCCUUUUGGAUUCUAUGCCAAACCAACUAAGAAAAGUGAUGGUUCACUGGAUCUUCAUAACUGGAUUGCAGGUGUCCCAGGUAAACCUGGAACGAUAUGGGAAAAUGCCACCUAUCCUCUAACUAUAUCAUUUCCAGAAGAUUAUCCUGCAAAACCUCCAAAAAUUAAGUUCCCUCAAAGCUUUUACCAUCCAAAUGUGUAUCCAAGUGGUACCAUUUGUUUGAGUAUUUUAAACGAAUCACAGGACUGGAGACCCGCCAUUAGUAUCAAACAGUUACUAUUGGGCAUACAGGAACUACUAGAUACUCCAAAUCCAAACUCACCGGCCCAAGAACCUGCUUAUAGGGCAUUCCAAAAUGAUCCUAAGGCUUACACUCAAAAUGUUAAAAAUCAGGCUCUCCUUUAUAAAGAUAAAUCAUAG